GCGUCUCAGGAUCUUCGUCAUGACUCUUAAAUCUGGGCCUGUCAGUUCGCCCCAGCGUUUCUCGUCUCUAGGCACGGCAUGGAGCUUACAGAGUUUAACCAAUCAUAUAACGUCGAGAUCAGGUUGCCAGGCAGAUUAUGCUAAUAAGGCCCCGCCUUUUAUGCUGCUCCCACUCUGCGGCGGGAAGAACCACCUGGAGGUGGCGGGGGGGGUUUGAUUUCCAUCACCCCUAGGGAGAGAGGAUCGGGGACCCGCUGAUCUUCCAGCUCCCCUCAUCCAACGUCGUGGAAGGAAGAGAAAUUUAGAAGACUUAUGUGAUCUACCCCAAGACUGGUUGCAGAGAGAACUUUCUGUCCUUCGUGAACACGUACUUGCUGGACAGAUGACCGUCCUCUGCCCUGUGCUGCUGUAGGUUGGCCCAGACUUGUCCAGAAGGAAAAUAUGGAUUCCAAAGAUGAAAGCUCACAUGUGUGGCCAACUUCUGCAGAGCAUGAACAGAAUGCUGCACAGGUGCACUUUGUUCCGGAUGCUGGUACUGUGGCUCAGAUUGUCUACACCGAUGACCAGGUCCGUCCACCCCAGCAGGUGGUGUACACGGCAGAUGGUGCCUCCUACACUUCAGUGGAUGGUCCUGAGCACACACUGGUAUACAUCCAUCCUGUGGAAGCUGCACAGACUCUGUUUACAGAUCCAGGCCAGGUAGCUUAUGUCCAACAGGAUACUACAGCUCAGCAGGCCUCAUUACCUGUGCAUAACCAGGUACUGCCUUCCAUCGAGAGUGUGGAUGGUUCCGACCCUUUGGCAACUCUGCAGAAUCCAAUAGCUAGACUGGAGGCAAAAGAAGAAGAGGAAGAGGAGGAGGAGGAGGAUACUGAAGAAGAGGAGGAAGAAGACGGUGAAGACACAGAUCUGGAUGACUGGGAGCCAGACCCACCCCGGCCCUUUGACCCCCAUGAUUUAUGUAAGGUCUGUGAGGAAUGUAAUAGCCAUUCUUCAGUGUGCCCCAAGCAUGGCCUGCACCCCAUCCCCAAUCGGCCUGUGCUCACUCGGGCAAGAGCGAGUCUCCCACUGGUCCUCUACAUAGACAGGUUCCUUGGAGGAGUGUUUUCCAAAAGGCGCAUUCCGAAGCGUACCCAGUUUGGCCCUGUGGAGGGACCCCUUGUCAGGGGAUCUGAACUGAAAGACUGUUACAUUCAUCUAAAGGUUUCUCUUGAAGGGGACAGAAAAGACAGGGAUUUGCAUGAAGACCUGUGGUUUGAGUUAUCUGAUGAAACUUUGUGUAACUGGAUGAUGUUUUGUACGUCCAGCCCAGAACACCUAGAACAGAACCUGGUGGCUUACCAAUAUGGCCACCAUGUUUAUUAUACAACAAUUAAGAAUGUGGAACCCAAGCAGGAACUGAAGGUGUGGUAUGCUGCAUCCUAUGCUGAGUUUGUGAACCAGAAAAUUCAUGACAUUUCUGAGGAAGAAAGGAAAGUUCUUCGAGAGCAAGAGAAGAAUUGGCCCUGCUAUGAAGUCCGCCGGUUUAUAAGCUCAGAGCAAUUGCAUCAGCAUCUCAAUUCUCAUGAUGAGAAACUGGAUGUAUUUAGCAGAACAAGAGGCAGAGGAAGGGGACGAGGCAAGAGGCGAUUUGGCCCAGGUCGACGGCCAGGGCGUCCUCCAAAAUUUAUCCGCUUGGAAAUAACCAGUGAAAAUGGAGAAAAAAGUGAUGAUGGGACACAGGACUUGCUACAUUUUCCCACAAAGGAGCAGUUUGAUGAGGCUGAACCUGCUAGUCUGAAUGGGCUGGAUCAACCGGAACAGACCACUAUCCCAAUCCCUCAGCUGCCGCAGGAAACCCAGUCGUCUCUGGAGCAUGAACCAGAAACCCACACCCUACACCUGCAGCCACAGCAUGAAGAGAGCGUCGUACCCACCCAGAGCACUUUGACCGCCGAUGACAUGCGCAGGGCCAAACGCAUCCGAUUGGAGCUGCAGAAUGCAGCUCUUCAACAUCUGUUUAUUCGGAAAUCCUUCCGGCCUUUUAAGUGUUUGCAGUGUGGGAAGGCCUUCAGGGAAAAGGACAAAUUGGACCAACACUUGCGCUUCCAUGGGCGGGAGGGGAACUGCCCAUUGACCUGUGAUCUCUGUAACAAGGGCUUCAUCAGCAGCGCCUCCUUGGAGAGCCACAUGAAGCUCCAUUCGGACCAGAAGACUUACUCUUGCAUUUUUUGCCCAGAAUCCUUUGACCGACUUGAUUUGUUGAAAGAUCAUGUGGCCAUUCAUAUCAAUGAUGGCUACUUCACCUGCCCAACUUGUAAGAAACGGUUCCCAGAUUUUAUCCAGGUGAAAAAACACGUGCGCAGCUUCCACUCAGAAAAGAUCUACCAGUGCACAGAGUGUGACAAGGCCUUCUGUCGCCCUGACAAACUGCGACUCCACAUGCUCCGGCAUUCGGACCGCAAAGACUUCCUAUGUUCUACCUGUGGGAAGCAAUUUAAGCGAAAAGACAAACUACGGGAACACAUGCAAAGGAUGCAUAAUCCUGAGAGGGAAGCCAAGAAAGCCGACCGUAUUAGUCGUUCCAAGACCUUCAAACCUCGUAUCACAUCCACAGACUACGACAGCUUCACAUUCAAGUGCCGCCUCUGCAUGAUGGGCUUCCGGCGACGGGGCAUGCUGGUAAAUCACUUAUCAAAAAGGCAUCCAGACAUGAAGAUAGAAGAAGUGCCAGAGUUAACUCUACCCAUCAUAAAACCCAACCGGGAUUAUUUUUGUCAGUAUUGUGAUAAGGUCUAUAAAAGUGCCAGCAAGCGUAAAGCCCAUAUUCUGAAGAACCAUCCAGGAGCUGAGCUCCCACCAAGCAUUCGGAAACUUCGUCCUGCUGGUCCUGGAGAGCCAGACCCCAUGUUAAGCACCCACACCCAACUGACGGGCACCAUCGCCACCCCUCCUGUCUGCUGCCCUCACUGCUCGAAGCAGUAUAGCAGCAAGACCAAGAUGGUCCAACAUAUUCGAAAGAAACAUCCAGAGUAUGCCCAGCUUCCCAACACCAUCCAUACACCCCUGACAACAGCUGUGAUCAGUGCCACUCCGGCUGUUCUAACGACAGAUAGUGCCACUGGAGAGACUGUGGUGACAACAGACCUGCUAACCCAAGCGAUGACAGAACUGUCUCAGACCUUAACAACAGAUUACCGAACACCACAGGGAGACUACCAGAGGAUUCAGUACAUACCUGUGUCCCAGUCUGCAUCCGGUCUCCAGCAACCUCAGCAUAUACAACUUCAAGUGGUGCAGGUGGCCCCGGCCACUUCUCCUCACCAGUCUCAGCAGUCCACUGUGGAUGUUGGCCAGCUCCAUGAUCCUCAGACCUACACACAGCAUGCUAUCCAGGUGCAGCACAUCCAAGUCACUGAGCCCACCACCUCAGCCCCGUCAUCAUCUCAGGUGACUGGGCAGCCACUGAGCCCUUCUGCACAGCAGCCUCAGCAGGGGCUCAGCCCCUCCCAUAUACAAGGCAGUUCUUCCACACAGGGGCAGACUCUGCAGCAGCAGCAGCAAAACUCCUCUGUGCAGCACACAUACCUUCCCAAUGCUUGGAAUUCUUUCCGAGGCUACUCCUCUGAGAUUCAAAUGAUGACACUUCCCCCGGGUCAGUUUGUGAUUACGGACAGUGGUGUAGCGACUCCUGUCACUUCCGGCCAAGUGAAGGCAGUUACUCCGGGUCAUUAUGUAUUAUCAGACAGUCAACCAGAAUUGGAGGAAAAGCAAACUUCUGCCCUUUCCAGUGGAGUCCAGGUUCAGACAUCUGCACACAGUGACUCUCUGGAUUCCCAGACCACCAGCCAACAGCAGACCACACAGUACAUCAUCACCACCACCACCAAUGGGAAUGGAAGCAGUGAAGUGCACAUCACUAAACCCUAGUUCUCACCCUGGACCUAGAGUGGAGCCUUCACAUCAUGUCUUUUUUCAUUCAUAAGUCUGAAGCUUCUGACAUCUGGACCUCUUUUUUAAGAUUUGUUAUUCACUCAAAGAGUUCGAAGACUACAAUUUUGAUGCCCACACAUACAUGGAGAUUAUUUUGCCAAGGUCAUCUUUACCAAAUUGACUCUUCAAGCCCUCAGGGCUUCUGCCACGGAAUGGAGAUCUUUCAGGGGAAAGUAGAUUUCAGGAUGGAGAAACUUUGCCUUGCUCUUGAGUUGGUUUUUUACCACACUGAUAAGCCUUACUUUCCCUUCGUGGAAAUAUUAAGUGGCAUAUUUGUGUUCAUACCAAAGGUGGAGACAGGAUGUGCCAAGUCCAUGGUCAUUGGACUUCUGAAUUCCAAGCCAUGGCACCAGAGGAGAACAGGCAUUUCACAGGUGUGAUUUAAAUCAGGACUUGUAAGUUUAGUUUUUGGUAAUUUAACAGAGGGAGCUUACUGGAUAAGAAAAUAAAAAUGAUGAGACAAAGUUUGACAGUAGUGUUCUGAAGGAAAAACUGUCAUUUAAAAAUUUCUUAUUGCUGAUUUCCUUUUCUUUUUUCUUUUUCUUUCCUUUUUU